AUUUGUCAACUCAAUUAGAUUUUUGUUUAGUGCAUUUCAUUGCGGUGCAUUCUGUUUGAGAAUACGAUUUUUCGGUAACAAAAAUAUCUGAAAUUACAUGAAAUAGAUACGCAAUUUCAAGCGAAUAGUAUUAAAAGAACUUAAAACGAUAAAUAUACUAUUUAAUUCGUUGGUACAAAGGCUUUAAUUGUGGCUGAAAAUAAUAUGAAACCCAGCGGAGGUGGCGAUGACUACGAGGAACCGGAGCAUUUGCGGAAGCUUUUCAUAGGUGGCUUAGAUUAUAGAACUAACGAUGCCUCUCUGAAAGAGUUUUAUGAGCAAUGGGGAGAAAUUGUGGAUGUUGUAGUCAUGAAAGAUCCCCAGACUAAGAGGUCAAGGGGCUUUGGUUUUAUAACCUACUCAAGAGCGCAUAUGGUAGAUGAUGCACAGAAAAAUAGACCACAUAAAAUUGAUGGAAGAGUGGUUGAACCUAAGAGGGCUGUGCCAAGAGAAGAAAUUAAGAGGCCAGAUGCAGCAGCCACUGUUAAAAAACUCUUUGUUGGAGGUUUGAAACAGGAUAUUGAGGAAGAAGACUUGAGAGAAUAUUUUAGUUCAUAUGGGAGUAUAGUUUCUGUGAGCUUAUUAGUGACUGAAAAGGAUACAGGGAAAAAGAGGGGCUUUGGAUUUGUCGAGUUUGAUGACUAUGACCCAGUUGACAGAAUAUGUUUACAUCCAAAUCACAAGGUCAAAGGAUAUCGUUUGGACGUUAAAAAGGCUUUAUCGAAGUCUGAGAUGGCGGCGGGGGGACCCGGAGGCGGCAGUGGCGGCGGCGGUCGUAGAGGUGGACCGCGCGGCUCGGGCGGCGGUUGGGGCGGCCGCCAGAACCAAGACUGGAAUAACUCAGAUGGAGGUGGAUAUAACUCAGGAUACGGACAAGGUGGAUGGGGCAACCAGAAUCCUUGGGACUCAAACAAUGCUGGAGGUAACUGGGGAAAUCAAGGUUACGGAGAUCAAGGUGGCUGGAGCCAACCAAACAGCAAUUUCGGCACAGGAUACCAGCAGGGAUAUGGUGGAGGUCCAAUGAGACCCAACUACAAUACUUUCUAGACCACAGCCAUAUAAUAAUUCAGUUGAUGGAUUCGAAGGUGGCGGCGGUGGGUACGGCAGCGGCGGCGGCGGUAACGGUGGCAACGGAGGCGGCAGCGGCGGGCCCGGCGGCUACAACAAUAUGGGCAACGCACAGCAGCCUGCCAACCAGCGCCGAUUCUAAACACAUCGGUUCUCUUGUCUCAAGUUGCGCAUAGUUGAAGCUAGGCAGGCAGAAGGUAGAGUAGAGACGGGAGGUAGGCCAGGAGGUCAGCUAGCUAGUGAGGGACAAGCGGACUUAGUGAAGCGACUGCAUUACAUAGUCAUUUUACAUUUUUUUUCCUUCAACUAAGGUUUGUUUACAAUAAGGUACUGUGUAGGCACUAGAUUCAUUUUUUCUAUUAAUUGUUAGUCGUUUAGCACGCAAUCACAGUUUUUACAUUUCAAUUAUCACUUUUAAUGAAUUUUCGCACGGCUAUGUGUUAGUCAGGUAAUGCAUUUUCAAAUUAUAUCUGUCCAUGUCCAAUCGGAUAAGACUGUAAAAGCUGUGGCAUUAAAUAAAUAUUUGCGUUUUUAGUCAUUAAGCAAGGAGAUUUAUAUUAUUUCUGUUAAUACUUUGAUGUUUAUUGUAGAUUGUAAUUUUAUUUUUUCAAUACAUUCGUUCGUGAUUAGAUAGAGAUGGCUAUAACAUUCCAAAAAAGGCAUUGUGUUAUAGUAUAUAUUAUAUUGAGUGUGUAUAUGAGAGCACUAUUCAAUCUUAUAAAAUAUAUUUGAAUUUGAAAGAUAUCUUGGUGUUAGAAAUAGGACCUACAAUAAUUAAAUUUGUAUAAAAUAUAUGAUUGUCAGUGGACAAACAAAGCCUAAAUAUUGGAUUUUAAUAUUUGUCAUUACAGAGAUAAUAAAGGUAUUCUAACUACAACAUUAUAUAAAUUGUAUAAGCAUUAAAAUGUAAUCAAUAUUAUAUAUCUCGAAGAUAUAUUUUAUAAUUUUAAAGUUAAGUUGUUUUAAUGUAGAGUUAUUGUUGUUUUUAUUUGUGUGCAUACAAUUAAAUAAAUACUAUUUUCCAUGGAUUGUUCUACACGUGCGCGAGCUUUCCACCGUGGAAUAGGCCAUGGUAAGUCGACUCUAUCCAAAUAAAACUACUGAAUAACUAA